CCCUGUGGAUUAGUUUAAGUAACAUCAGUUCAUUACUUAGUGGUUCGAAGAUUGGAUAAAGUCCUUAUAAAAAUAUUAAAAUGAAAGUUUUUAUUGCCCUGUCAGUGCUUCUUGCAACAGCUUGUGCUUCUCCUGUUGGUGAUUAUCAACAUUAUCAGACAACGCCAGUUCCCAUUGUUAAGUUCGAUCAUCAACAAAACCAUGAUGGUUCUUACCAAUACGCAUAUGAAACUGGAAAUGGAAUAAGUGCCCAUGAAUCGGGAUAUGUCAAGAAUGCUGGAGUUAAGGAUGCAGAAAUUCAAGUUGCCCAAGGAUAUUACAGCUACACUGGUCCUGAUGGUCAUCCUAUCACUGUUCACUACACAGCUGACGAAAAUGGCUUCAGAGCUGAAGGAGAUCAUCUUCCAACUCCUCCACCUCUCCCUAAAGAAAUUGCUGAUGUGUGGGCUAAAAUCGCAUCUCAACCACAGCAGCAACAACAACAACAGUAUUACGAUCAAAACAACCAUCAACAACAAUACUACAAUAAGGCUUAUUAACUUGCUAAUGCAAUUAUGAAUUGUUCAACUCAAUGAAUAUAUUAGUUUCAGUCAUCAAUCGUGACUUAAUAAAGAGAAUUAUUGUGAUAAUUAAAAACACGAUUAAAAAUGAUUUAAUUUGAUUUUCAUGACGAUUCCAUCUUAUAAAAAACAGGAAGC